UGCAGCGUCCAAGUUCAGGUGAGCCUUAGUCUCCGGGACAACAAGUCCCCUUUCCGGCACCGACCGGGAUGCUCACUCCCACCCGUUAAAUGGGAUGUUAUAAAUGGGCUGCGCAGGAUGUGAAGCUCCGCUAGAAGAAGCAGGAGGAUGGCAAAACCAGGCUUGUCUGCGGCGGUGCUGCUGCUCCUGCUGGGCUUCCUCUCGGUGUCCUCCGUUAACGCCGACACCCUGCUGUCAGCUCCGCUCAAUGUGACCAUCAGGGAGCUUGAGGUCAACUCCGCCGUGGUCACAUGGGAAAUCUUGGAGGGGGACCCCGUCAUCGGAUUCGCCAUCACCCAACAGAAGAAGGAUGUUCGCAUGCUGAGGUUCAUCCAGGAGGUGAACACCACCACGCGCUCCUGUGCACUGUGGGAUCUGGAUGAAGACACCGAGUACAUCGUCCACGUUCAGAGCAUUAGCAUGGGAGGCAGCAGCCCACCCAGUCAGCCCGUCCUCUUCCGAACGCCCAAAGAGUCGGAGAAGAUGGCGUCAAAGAGUCCAGACGAGGUAACGAUGGAGGAGUUUGGUCAGGCCGCCCAGCUGAGGGCCGGAGAACUCAUCAUCAUUGUAGUGGUGCUCAUCAUGUGGGCAGGGGUGAUUGCCCUGUUUUGUCGUCAGUAUGACAUCAUUAAAGACAAUGAGCCCAACAACAACAAGGACAAAGCCAAGAACUCCUCAGAGUGCAGUACUCCUGAGCACCCACAGGGGGGGCUGCUGCGCACCAACGUCUAAGACCAGCCCUGCAUCGCCUUCUGCAAUAACCAACCCCUUGAACCUCAGGACAGACCCUGAGACCAACAGAAAGCCAUUCUCAGACACCAUCAUACUGAAGAACAGAUUAACCAUCACAGAAACUCUGCUUGACACAAUGAAGAACUCUUGAAAUACAACGGACACCAAUCUGAACUUGUAGAAUCACAGGCUGCCGACGGUCAAACAGAAGAGGACGAAACCAUUUUCACUUUUGUUGUUGACCAAAACUGGACUGUAGCCGGACUUUGUGUGGACACAUAGACACGAGACAUAAAAUGGCUGCCGGUCAAAGCACCAGAGGGGAUUGUUUGUUGUUUCUUCUUGACGAGAAUUGCUUGAUUCAUACGUUCUGGUUAACUCUUCAUCAGUGGCAUCAAAUCCCAGGAGUGGAUCAUCAAACAUGAACGUCUGAGUGAUUUUCUUUUUUUUCGAACUUCAGGUUUGUAUCACUGGUCAGAGAUAUGGCAGAAAUGUAGUCUGCCUCACAGGAACAGCUGGUCCUUUAGGUCCAGGUAUCAGUCAGCACACAACAAAACAAGCUAAGCUCUGUUUUAAAACCAAGGACUUUCUCUUUUUCUAUCUGUCCAUCUGUCAUCACCUCCUUUCUGUCGUAACUGCAGCCCUCUGUGUAGCAGCUCAUCUCUCUCCCCGUGUCAGCGUCUCUCUAAUAAGCACAUUGCCGUUUGGUGCUCCUCCUAUUGUGAUUGUUUGAGCUCUCACAAUCCCGGUCUUGAUUACAGUAUUGUUUUGAUACCGGGUUACACAUAUUGUACAUUGAGUCUUGUCUGCCGCCUUUCUCUCUCUCUUUGUGUCAUCAGUUAAGUGAUGCAUCUGUUUUUCUAUUUCCUCUCUGAACUGGAACCUUAAGGCCCUUGUCAGUGCGGGUACAAGAUCUUUUUUGUGUUUUUCAGCGCCCCAUAUUUCGCUCAUAUGAAUUGCUGUGCUCAUGCUCGUGUCUGAAUACAGCCAUGAUUGAGACAAAGUUCAAGGAUUGACAAGGCAAUCUCUCAUUAAAGUAAAGUGGUGUCUGACUUCAAAUCAUAAUUUUACAGCAACUUUCAGGUUUGAAAUCCAGAAAUUAACAUUAGUGUCAAACUUUAUAAAAAAAAAAAAUAAAAAAAACUGGCAUGGCUGAAAAAAAAACUGAUUUAGGUUCGUAUUAAGGUUUAUUGUUCGUCACGCAUACUCAGCGCCAUAUGGUGUCUGUGGUCUGCUGCAGGAUGUGCAGGGAAUAAGGAUGGAGAUAUGCAGGGGCAUCAUUCCUAAUGAAAUGUAUAUACAGGGCAAAGUUUGGCUGAGUUUCCGCUACGGUUUGGCUGAAGACCAGCAGAGAUGCCAGGCUGUAAAGCUGCACAGCUGAUCCAUUCAGCUGCGUGGCUGAAUCCUGUUUUGAAAUGCAAACCAUAUUCAGUCAGACCCCCUUUUUUGCAAGGUCAUUAACAUGCAUCCUAAGCACUUACAACCAUCGUGGAAUAGAGAGAAAAUGCAUUAUAUCUAGGUGUAAAUACAUUUAAGAUGUGAUCAUCCAAACUGCCAGCAUUAUGUAGAACCUUCACAGUCUGCUAAUACCAGGAACAUGUAUGAUAUGUUUGUAUUGGCGUCUUAUGUCAUUGUGCUCAUUUUUAAAAAGAACGGCCAGUUGUUCAGGUACAGUGCACAGCACAGUAUACGACUCAAAUUUGAAAAAUAUGGUGUGUUCCACCUUUAAAGCAGUUUGGCAGUCCGACAGUAUAAUAAAUGUAAUGUCUACAUUUAUAACUAGGUGUAACAAUAAAAAACAGCCUGUUUGUUUUUAUGUAGGUGCACCAUCCAGAAGACGGGGGUGGGUCAAGCAUCAUUUAAAAAGGUCCAACAUUUGUUGGUUAAAGCUUUAGAAGGCUCAGCAUUUCAGAUUUGCCUGCGUCUUUGUUUCAUAAACAUAUCUUUAACUGACAUUUAAUGGAAGUUAAUGACAGUGGUUUUCUAUCUUUUUCAUGUCUCCCCUCAGAAGCCAAAAAUAAAAAGAAAAUCAAAGCCCCUACCUCUGACCCAGAAAAAAAGAUUUUAUUUUUAUCAAUCAUUAACAAAAUCGGUGAACUACAAUACAGACUACAGUUGAAGCUGUUUCCAGUAAAUUACUCAGCAACAACUGGGCUUGAGAUGAGUGCCACAGACAGGCUAGGGAAGUCAGAAAGUACUGAGAGACAGACUACCACAUUGUUGGUUUUGGUAUUAUCAUGGGAUUUAUUGACAAAAAAGAAAAAAUAUGAAAUUAUGACAGUCUAAUUCUUUAAUGCAAAACUAAAUGAAUAGACGAAUCAACGAGGAAAAUCAUUAUUAUUUGCAGCCCUAGUUCUAAAGCACACCCGGACAUCCUACCAUUAAAGGAGAAAUCAUAGUCUACAUAUUCAUAACCUUCUCACUUAUUCAGUUACCACUUCAUCAAGGGUUUUAUGAGAAGGAGCAAAGGGCCAUCAGAGUUAUCCUGCUAAAGAUAAAGCUUCAUUAUCUUCUUAGGGGCUUCCUGUUCAAUUAUGAUGUGUUAUCCACAUAAUUACAAAUAUAUUGGACCCCAGCCUCUGGAUACCAACACUCGCCAGUUGAGUUCACUAAAAAGUCAGGAAAACGCUGCAGAGCUGAACUCAGCAGAGUUGCAGCCAUAUUAGGAGAUAAUGAGUGAAUGUCUGAAUGUCUGGCUGGUUGAGAUGACUGCUAAUCAGCUCCACACGCACACACACAUACACAUACACACACACACACAGACACAGACACGCUCACACAUGCUGGAUUUAAAUACUGCCUUGCGUAUUUAAAUGCCGUGCUGACAGAGACAGCCAUUACUUUCUCAUCUCAAUCAUCAGUUCUGCGAGAACAGCGAUCCCUCGCCCUGCCAUCCAUCUUUCACCCUCUCUCCUUCCUUUAUCAGCCUCCCUCUUUCCUUCUCUAUCUCCAGCCACCCUCAUCCGCCGUCAUUCUCCCAUUUAUGACUUUCCCCUCACUUUCUAUCCCUCCGUCGCAAUGCUCUCUUUCUCAUAUAUCACGCCACCCUUCCUCGUUUCUCCCCUUCACCAGUCUUCUCCUCUCUCCCCCUCCCACCCCUCCUCCAGCUUCCCUCUCCCCUGUUUCUCAUUAUAUCCACUCUCAGACUCCCGUUAGCCACCUUCUCUCUAUCCGCAUCAGCUCUCCUCUCUCUCUCAUUCAGCCCCGGCCCACUGCCUAUCCCUCGCUCCUCUGCUCAUUUAUCACCUUUUCGUCUCAGACUGGCUGGGUUGGACACUUUACCUGGUAAACAAGUGAGGCGAAAUAGAGGGAGGGAGGGAGGAACAGAAUGGAGGAAUCAAUGAAAGAGGAGAGCUCAGAGGAAAAGGAGACAUAGGUAAAGAAAAGAAGAACUAUAACAUUUUAAAAAAAGCACAUGUGGUAUCAAAGUGUCAUGAGAGCGAUACUCUUACGACACCUUACGAUGAAUACUGCUACGCAGUUAACGAGGAUGGUGGGUGGCUCCAAGAGGAAAAGUGUGUAUAAUGGAUUACACUGUGUGAUUAUCUAAUAUAAUAUAAGAUGCAAAUGUUAGCAUGUCCAGCUUACUACCAGAAGUAACCAAGCGUUGCUUCCACGGCCAAGGAGCAUGUGAUUAAUUUGCUUGGCUACAUUAUUUUGUGGGGUUACAGAUGUAAAAAAAAAAAAAAAAAAAAAAGCCUGUUCAGGACAAGCACAUUAGCUGUGUAGUAUUUCUGCACUGUGGUGUAGCUGGUCCUGGAUGAGAGUUUAGGUUAAUGUUAGUGGCUGUGUCCUGUUCUUUAUUAGAUCCAGGGGAAAUUUUCUCCUGCAACGUUAAGAGUGAAAACGUACUGUUCAAAAAUACGAACGGAAGUACAGACGCUAAGCAGCGACAGAGUUAUGUAGUCUUGCAUUUUGUCCUUAUUAUACUUGUAUUACAUAAUACUACUUAAUCCUAGGAGCUCUACACUGCAAUACAAGAUUACUGUAUUUUUAUUUCUAUGCUUUCUACGUGAAUCAUCAGCUGUUUUUUGGUGGGAGAUGUAGCUUUAGCCUCAGCCUGUUAGCACGAUAUCAUGUUAUUGCGCUUAUGUGCAUAUUCAAGAGUUCUCGUUUUAAACCGAGUCAGCGGGAAACAUUAAGAAGUCAGAGACAGCAUUUUUCACCAACUCAUAGGGAUGACGUUUAGCUUGCUAUCUACAGUUGACAUUACCUGCUACCAUCAAGUAUUUUUAGCUGCCAAAAAAAAUGACCAAAACUGACCGAGAAAUCAUGUGAUACAAACAAACACAAAACAUAACAAAAGCUCCUGAUGAAAGUUACAUGAUAAUAGAAAAAAAGCAAUAAUGAAAUGAACGGUAACAUAACACGUCCUGAAAAUGUCCAUCCCUGCUGACCUUUGGUGCUUUAACCUUGCUGCAGUGAUGUACAGGUGUACUGCAAGACACUGUGACAUCACUGGGGGUGGGUGUGGUCACAGGUGAAUCAUUCUCUAAACUUUCAGUCACAGACAGUAAUGAAACUCUGUUUUUCACUCGGCGGUAAAUUAUUUUUAACGUAGGAUGAAGGUAAAAAAAAAUCCAAAUUCAUUCAGGCAGCACCAGCCUCUCAAACCAUAAAAAAGGAUGUAAAACAAGUGUGUCUUGAAAGAAGAGAGAUUAAAAGUAAGACAGCGUAGAAUGAAUAAUGACUCCAGUGUUGUGGUGGUCUCUUAACUCAAGCUGGUCGUAGACAGGAACCACCUGACAAGCGAGAAAGUCAAAGAAAGUGUUUUUCACCUGCACACAAACAAAGAGACUAAAAGAGUAGACUCGAGAAUUAUUUUUGAAGCAUAUGACACUUUAGAAGUGAUGACAGAAGUGGGGCAUCAUGGUUGAACACAGCCGAAUUAAAGAAAAAGAGGGUCCAACAAGAUAGACAGUGGAAAUUUGAAUUUCAAACUUUUUCAAGGGAAGUUUUGCUGGUUGCAUCUGAGGAAGUGGAAAAGACUCCACUCCCCUUUUCCCGCUUUGUCGUCACUGUGUUUCUUCUCUUUCUGUCCCAAAAAGGAGAAGAGAAGAAGAAUUCUCGUUGCACAGACGUUGGCAUGAAAACACUCAUUAAAGGCCUACAUACACUCUCCUUUCCAUUCUUCAACUUGAUUAUUUAUAGCAGUAAUUUAAAGUAGCCUGCUUCUGUUUUCUGAAGGGGCCAGUAUACGCUGUCAGAACUGUUUGUCAGACGGUCGGAUAGCUUUGGAAUAAAAAACCCCCCACACACCUUUCCCACGUCAGAUUCGGAGGGUAACUCCCCGAAACAGACUGAUCUGACAUUCAGACCUACUUCACACAGUAAUUGGCCAGCGGUGCAGAGGAGAGAGUCUCUCUUCUUUCAUUCCUCAAACACCUAUUUCUGUCACCUUUCACGUGAACAACCGAGUGCAGCAGUCUUCAAGGGGAGACCGUCUGAAAAGGUGCGUCGCUAUGUUGUCUGCAGCCUCUCUGUGAAGGCUGGCUGUUCACUCCGCCUUCAAGGAGAGCUAGUUCUGAUCGAGCACUUAUUACAGUGUUUGCAUUUUAAAGAAACAGUCGACAAAUGUGGGGAAUCUGCUGGUUUACUGUCAGAUUCAGGCAGAUGUGAAUGAGGCACGUAGUUUCCCUUUGCUUACAGUACUUGCUGAAAGUGAUGUUGUUGGCAGGACUUCACGUCACUCGCUCCUUUUCUCUUAGGGCACACACACACACACACACACACACACAUACAAUAAAACGAGACAAUAAAAUCAGCUAACAUGAGCACAUCUUUGUUUUGAUGAUGAUCUGAGGUGAAACAGAGCAAUAUUUUUACCUGACGGAUUUAACUAUUUCAUUUCAUUAUGCUGGUCAACGUUAGUGGCUGCAUCCUCUCUUGCCUUCGGUAAUCAGAAUAACUUUUUUCUCUCAUUGUGAUUGUGAUUGAUCAAAUGAAUUUUUUUUUUUCUAAAUUUCUCAUUGAACUGGGAGCAUGGGGGGUAAACAUGAUCUGAAUCACUGAUUAUAAAUCUGAUAAAGUGGGUGAUAAAAGUGCAAAUGUGCUUUGUAACUGUAAUAGCACUGAACCUAAAGUUACCUACACUGGAGCACACAUACACACGUAAACACACACACACACACACAGAAACACACACACUUAAACACUCACUCAUGCACCAAGUCCAUUCUCCGGCUGGCUGCAGUCCAAACUGAAACAUUUGGGGGAAGCAGCAGAAGGCAGGUCUGGCCCAGACAGCUCUGUCUCUGUCUAUCUGAGGCUGCAGGAGGCGACUCAACAGCUGCUCAAGGUGAACGUCAAAUGAGGCAUGUGUGAAUAUGGAGCCUGAGACCAACACAGACCUAAAGACAGACACAGAGAGCGAGAGAGAGAGCGCGAGAGAGAGAGGGAAGGAAGGAAGGGAGGAUGAGUCAGAUAAUAAAUAAAGCUGGGAGUGACAGACUCAGAGGGAGAGAGAUCAUGACACCCAGUGGGGUUUGCAGUGUCAAAGCUCCAAGUUCAUUCCAGUACGGUGAGAUAUUUGAAUGUUAACAGGGGUGUCAGUCGGGUGGCAAAGUCUGGUCACGAAGGUUUAGGAUUCAACAUUGGAGCAAAUAUGAAAUGAAUAAUUUGGAAACCAUACAGGUUCUUAAAGCACUACAAAAUGGCCAUAUAAUAUCUGAUCAAUUAUCAAUCAUUGCUCCACAUUGUGUGCAUGCUGAUUCUGGCAGCAAAUGAUAUUUGCUGCAGGAAAAUGAAACAUAAUUUUUUAGGUUCUUAACACGCUUGGAUUUUUCAAGUUAACAAGUGCUUGUUCAUUCUCGCUCCAGAGUAAGAUGUUUGUAUGAAUGUUUUAAAGCCCUCAAUAAGAUUUAAGUAAUCUUGAUAUAAGAAAUAUUCCAAUAGUGCAGUUUGUUCCACUACAACACCAUGAGCUUCUCAGUAACCCCAGCCUUAAACCAAACUUCUGGUUGCAUAAUCUUCCCGUGCCGACACAAGGCCACCUUCUAGUCAAAGCCAUCCCAUUCAUUCCCACUGGUUUGGCUGUAAUGUAGAUGACCAGACAAGUGACUAUUGAGAAUCUUGAAUUAUUACCCUAAGGUCCCGCACAUAGUAAAGAAUGGGACUGUUUACUUAUGGCAUAUAUUUGUACUUUAUGUCGAAGCAAAUAACCAAGAAGCAUGGAUUUACAGCAGAAUAAUGGAGUCGGUGUUUUAUGUACAAUCAUGUCUGUGUUGUCCAUUUUGAUGUUCAUGGGAUAAAACCUGUUCAUGAGGGCUAGCAUGACUCUGCUAUCGUUCAGAUCCAUGGUAUAUACACUAACAGUUAAAGGUUUUUUUAGAACACCUUCAUUUUUCCAGUUUUUGUUGAAAGUUAAGAAAUCGGUUCACUUACAGUUUUCCUGUAGCAGUUAAUGCAAACAGUUCCUACAGAUGUCCUCACUUUGUGUUGAUUACUUACAGUCCCUCUGUUUGUACAAAGGCAGUGUUGGAAGGGUCUGAUGCAUUAUUAGGACAAUACUGUACUACUUCCUGUAGUAAAGUAUUGUCCUAUGUUGAUAUCAGAAAGAUAAGUAACUAAGGAAGAACUUCUGCAACUAUAUUCGUUUGCCAUUGGAGAAAGAGCAUCACAGUGAGUUCAGCUGCUGGAUGAGUCACAAAUUUAGAUUCAGUUUAGUUCAACAAGAAGAUCCCAUGAUUCCUUGUUUUUAAAAUCUGUUUAUAUAUAUAUAAACAGAUUUUAUAUAUAUGUUUAAAAUUGUUUAUUUGUUCUACGCUUUAAUUUCAGAAACAUUGAAUUAUGUAAAUUUAAAUAACAGCUGGAACAAUUGAGGUGUUCUAAAAACCUUUGACCGGUAGUUUAUAUAUAUACUAUUUCUAUGAAAAUAUAAAUGUCUAAUUAUGUAUUAACACAGAAAAGAAAUAAAAUAUUUUCAAUGCACCA